AUGAAAUCUGAUCCGAGAUCAGUUAAGCGUUUACAAAAGAAAAAAGAUAUUCUAGAAAGUAAGAUAGCCGAAAGGAUUAAAAGAAGAAAAGAGAAAUUAAAUAGUUUGCUCAAGCGUAAACAGCGCAAAGGACCACACCGACAAGACUCGCUACCCAUCUUUGGACAGUCUAAUACUCAGUUUCUGCCCAGCGAAGUGAGUGAAAAUAGUGAACGAGAGAAAAUAAAUAAGAUGCAGGAAAAAAUAAGAGAUUUAGAGCAGCAAUUAAACGCCGAACAACAGGAAAUAGAGAGACUUAAUGAAGAAAACAGAUUAAUAAAAGAAAUAGUUGAGAUUAAAGAAAUAGAAGAACUGAAAAUUAAGGAUUUAAACAUGCAAAAAUCCCAGUUGUUAAGAAAUAUUGAUGAUAUUAAAAAGGAAGUGGGGAAAAGUUUAGAAAACAUGGUUGAUCUCUUUUUAAAAAGUCAAGAAAUAAUAAGUAGGGAGAAGAGAGAAAAUGACCAGUUUGCUAAAGAACAUUUAGAAAUUCUUAAAAAUUAUUUGCUGCAAAAACUGACUCCGGAACAAGUUAAAGAACUCACUCGAUUGCAAAACCAAAUUACUAAACUAGAAAAACAAUUAACCAAUUUUCAAAAACAAAGAGCAAAAUUUGAGGAGCAAAUUGAAGUUCCUUUAUCACGAAAAUAA